AUAAGUGACACCACCAUGACGACAUUUAUUCACUAGUAUAAGAUUUGAUCGUGGACUAGUGGCAUUACGUGUAUAAAAUAGUUUACAUUUAUAUGAUAUAGUUCAUCUAUAAUUCGAUAUUAGUUGCAAUAACUUUCUUUUCAGAAAAAGUAAUCAAACUUUGGAAAAUAAACGAAAUACCGUUAUUUCUAUUUAAAUUUCAGCUGCGUUGUCUCUGUUUCGCCGUUGUUUCCAUCUUCUUCCUCUUUUUUCUCUCUCCUUUGGCUCUCUGUAUAUCUUCUUCUCUUCCCAAUUCAUUCGUUUUUGGAAAACAAGAAAAAAUCAGUGAAUCAUCUUCUUCUUCUCUCAAGAACAGAUUUUCGACGAACUUGAUCGAUUAAUUCUCUCGAGAAUCCAUGGCGGAAGAGCAUCGAUGUCAGACGCCGGAAGGCCACCGUCUCUGUGCUAACAACUGCGGCUUCCUCGGCAGCUCCGCCACCAUGAAUCUCUGCUCCAAUUGCUACGGCGAUCUCUGCCUUAAGCAACAACAACAAACCUCCAUGAAAUCCACCGUCGAAUCCUCCCUCUCCGCUUCCGCUUCCUCCUCCUCCGUAUCUCCUCCGUCAUCGGCGAUCGCCUCCAUCUCUUCUCCGAUGAUCCAACCUCUCGUCCAAAAUCCCUCAGCUGAAUUAGAGGUACCGGAGAAAAACACGCCGAUGACGGUGACUCCGGCGCCGCCGCAGACGACGGCGGAGCAGCAGAAACGGCCGAAUCGGUGCACGACGUGCAGGAAACGGGUCGGGUUAACCGGGUUCAAGUGCCGGUGCGGGACGACUUUUUGCGGGACCCACAGGUACCCGGAGAUCCACGGAUGCACCUUCGAUUUCAAAUCGGCCGGUCGCGAAGAGAUCGCCAAGGCGAAUCCGCUCGUUAAAGCGGCGAAGCUUCAGAAGAUUUGAUCGGAGCCGUUCGAUGCGUUGACUUUUCGUCGUCUUCCGUUUAAAACGCGUCCGUCUUCACGAGAAAUUCGGAUGGCGUUAGAAUGAUCUCAACCGUUCAUCAUUGGGGUCAUUAUGUAAAAGAUUAUGUAAUUUGCCAAGGGACGCGUGUCACGUUGUUUAGGAUGGAGACGUUUUUCCCUCAUCUUCCCAAUUAAUUUUCUUUUCCCCAGAAAAAGAAAUACUAAGAUUAUUCGCGUUGGCUUUUCUUCUUUUUCCGGCAUCUUGUGUGGCUUUUGCGUGUACAAAGUUAUUCACAACACCCAAAGAAAUACUCCUAAAUAAAUUUCUGUCUCCGUGCUUUUCCUUU